UUAUACGUAUGGGAAUGAAUAUGACUUAAUAAAAAAUAUAAGCUUCGCUUUAACACAUUUAAUGGGGGCCAUAAAAGUAGUAUUUUUUUACUUUCAAAAACACAAACUUCUGGCAAUUAUGGAUACUUUGGAAAACAAAGAAUUUCGUUAUGACAGCUGCACUGAAAAAUCUUUUUUUCCUGGUUUAAUAUCGAGGAGAUAUAAAAACAUUGGAGUAAAGUAUACUAUUCUGUUUUUCAUAUUAGCUCAUGCCACUUUAUUUUCUUCAUACUUGCCACCAACUAUAUCCACACUAAUGAAUAGCAGCCGUCGAGGUGCUGAAGGGCAGGGUUUAUAUGUAUUACCAUAUUACAGUUGGAUGCCCUUCAAAUAUAACACUGACGAUUCCUUUCUUUUGGCCUUGGGUUAUCAAGCCAUUCCUAUGUUUUCUUACGCUUACAGUAUUGUAGGUAUGGAUACGUUAUUUAUGAAUAUUUUGAAUUCGAUUGGUUUUAACUUAGAGAUGAUUCAAGGAGCAUUUCUAACAAUAAGAAACAGGAUUAUUAAACAGACCGGAAAAUCAAUAUAUAAAUCUAGUAUAUUAUUAGAUUCUGAGGAAUUAAAAUUAAAACUUUGCAAUGAAAUGAAGAAGAUAUGUCAUCAUCUACAAAUCAUUUACAAGGUUUGCGAAGAUUUGGAGAAUGUCCAUAAAUAUCUGACGCUGGCUCAAAUGACAGCGACUCUGUUUAUAUUAUGUUCAUGUUUAUAUUUAGUCUCUUCGACGCCAAUUGCUAGUAAACAGUUUUAUGCAGAAAUUGUUUAUAUGGUGGCCAUGGGUUUUCAACUCACACUGUAUUGUUGGUUUGGAAAUGAAGUGACGUUAAAGGCGGCUGAAUUGCCUCUGUACAUAUGGCAAUGUGAUUGGCUUACAGCCGAUAACAAUUUUAAGGCGAGUAUGAUCUUAACUAUGGCGCGGGCUAGGAAACCACUGUAUUUAACUGCUGGAAAUUUUGCUCCAUUGACGUUAUCAACUUUUGUAUCAAUUAUCAAAGGAUCCUACUCAUUUUUCACCGUUCUAAAGAGUACCAAUGAAUAAGUAUAGACACGUGCAUAUAGGAAAAAACACCAUUGAGCUAAUUAGGAUGUCAUAGUGAAUCAGACAUAGCUUAUAAUGAUUUUUUUAUACACCACUUAUGUCUACUUUUUAUUAUUGACUAAGGCAAAGUUUAACAAAAUACA